CCCCCCUCACAUCACCAUGCUGCGUAUGGCGGUGACACGGGCAGCAGCCCUGGCUAGCACACCAAGUGCAAUGGUGGGUGCAGGUUGGGUCCGUAUGGCCUCCAAGAAGGCCGGUGGUACCACCAAGAACAACAGAGACUCGCCUGGUCAGCGACUUGGCGUGAAGAAGUUUGGCAACGAGAAGGUCGUGCCGGGCAACAUCAUCGUGCGCCAGCGCGGUACCAAGUUCCAUCCAGGCGUCAAUGUCGGCAUGGGCAAGGACCACACGCUCUUUGCCCUCGUCGACGGCUACGUCCGCUUCUCGCACAACAAGGUCACCGAUCGCAAGUACGUCUCCAUCGUGGACAAGCCGCGCUGGAUCAAGACCAAGCGCGAGUUCAAGGGCAACACUCCGCAGCCGACCUCCUCAACGUCCACCCAGCCAUCCGCAUAAAUCCCCGUCCCUCCC